AUGGAAGAGGGUCCCCUGCCAGACCUGCGAGACAUCGAGCUGAAGCUGGGGCGCAAAGUGCCCGAGAGCCUGGCGCGCUCCCUGCGCGGGGAGGAGCCCGCUGCCCGGGACCGGAGCGGCGGAGGGGGCAGCGGCUUCUGCCCUGCUUCAGCCCCUGGGGCCUCCCGGCUCAGCAGCAGCGCCAGUGCCCUGGCGAGACUGGAGACCAAACUUCACCUCCUCAAGCAGGAGAUGGUUAAUCUCCGAGCCACUGACGUCAGGCUCAUGCGCCAGCUGCUCAUCAUCAACGAAAGCAUUGAAUCAAUAAAGUGGGUGAUUGAAGAGAAGGGAGCCAUCAUCAGCAGAGGUAGUAGUUUGAGUGGCAGCCUUUGCAGCUUGCUGGAAAGUCAGGAGACCUCCCUGCAAGGCAGCUAUAACAGUUUACAAGACUGUAGUGAUGGACUGGAUGGAAUAUCAGUGGGGAGUUAUCUGGACACUUUGGUGGAUGAUGUCCCAGGUCACCACACACCUUCAGAUAUGGAACAGUUCACUGAUACUUCUAUUCUAGAGGACUCACAGACCUUGCACAAGCAUCCCAAAAUUGAGUCUGAUGAAUACUACUGUUUUGGUUAA